ACAUUUCGAACCGUAUUACCGACAAAAUAUUUCCAAAUACCCGACCCUUGAGUUCAUGGACUACAUCGUCGGGGAUAUGGAGGAUAUGCACCAAAUCGGCGACAACUCUAUGGAUGCCGUCAUCUGGUGUUCGGUCUUAUGUUCGGUCAAUAGUCCGACGAAAGCACUGAAGGAAGUCAUAAGAGUCUUGAAACCGGGUGGACACGUAUACUUUAGCGAGCACUGUUUGUACCCUGGCGGCGCCUGUCGACUGAAUCGCAAAUCAUGUGAUGACAUCGAAAGGUGCGGUUUCCGGGACCUCACUAUUAACCACGUGUUUCGUGACAACGCACGCGAUAUACUCAUGAAUCACUGGAUUUGGGGACAUGGCCUUAAGCCAUAA